AUGGCCUGCCAACAGCCCGCCAUGGCGCCGGACAGCACCAACGCCGACGGCAGCCACAACCUCGUCAAGUUCCUCUCCAACCGCCACCACAACGACGACAAUGCCGAAAAGGCCCUCUCCGCCUCCAAAAACACCAGCACCAACAAGGACGUUCUCACCGAGGCUGAGAUUGAACGUCUUGGCCGCGUCCGCCCCGCCUACUUCAAGACAUGGUGGUCCGAGCUUGCAUUCGUCGUCACAGUCGUCUCCUCGAUGAUGAUGAGCGAGUACUGGAUCUCCGGCUUCAACAUCAUCCUCCCUCCUGUAUCCAAGGACCUCGGCAUGGCCGACUCGGAGCGCACCUGGCCAGCCUCGGCCAUCAACCUGACCACCGCCGCACUUCUCCUCAUCUUUGCCCGCCUCGCCGACAUGUACGGCGGGCGCAGCGUCUUCCUCGCCGGCCACGCCUGGAUGUGCGUGUGGUGCCUCGUCGGCGGCUUCUCACGCAACGGAACCAUGCUCAUCGUGUGCCGCGCCAUGCAGGGCAUCGGCGCCGCGGCCUUUGUCCCCGCGGGGCUCGCCAUCCUCGGGCAGACGUACCGCCCGGGCCCGCGCAAGAACCUCGUCUUUGCCGUCUGGGGUGCGCUCGCCUGCGUCGGCUUCUACAUUGGCAUCUUCAUGGGCGCCGUCACCGCCCAGUUCCUCACCUGGCGCUGGUUCUUCUGGAUCGGCGCCAUCUUCGUCGCCUGCAUCGUCGGCGCCGGCUUCCUGACCAUCCCGCGCGACCUGCACGCCCUCGACCCCACCAUUAAGAUGGACUGGCUCGGCGCCGUCACCAUCGUCCCCGGCCUGACGCUCGUCGUCUUUGCGCUGACCGACGGCGGCCAGGCCCCGCAGGGGUGGAAGACGCCGUACAUUUACGUGUUGCUCGUCAUCGGCCUGCUCUUCCUCGGCGCGGCCGUCUACGUCCAGGGCUGGGUGGCCACGCAGCCGCUGCUGCCGCCGGACCUGUUCCGGCCAAAGUACAUGAAGCGCCUGUGCGCGGUGCUGUUUUGCGCGUACGGCACGUUUGGCCUGUUUCUGUUUUACAUUUCCUUCUACAUCGAGACGGUGCUGCACACGACGCCCAUCCUGACGGCCGCGUGGUUCACGCCGCUGGCCGUCGGCGGCAUGGUCCUGGCCGUCACCGGCGGCUUCAUCAUGCACCUGCUGCCGAACCGCAUCCUGCUCAUCAUCUCGACGGUCGGCUUCCUCAUCUGCGUGCUGCUGCCGCCGCUGAUCCCCGACCAGACGACCCCCGGCGGGCAAAUGUCCACGUCCAAGCUCUACUGGGCGUACAUCUUCCCCGCCAUGCUGUGCGGCACCAUUGGCGUCGACAUCAUGUUCAACGUCACCAACGUCUUCAUCACCACCGCCAUGCCGCACCGCCACCAAAACGCCGCCUCGGGCCUGAUCAACAGCCUGCUGUACCUCGGCCAGGCGUUUUGGCUCGGCAUCGCCGAGCUCGCCGUCUCGGCGUCGAUCCAGACGCAGGGCGCGGACAAGCUCGGUCUGCGCGCCCAGUACCAGAUUGGUUUCUGGCUGGGCGUUGGUCUGUCGGCGCUGGCGCUGGUCCUGACGGUCACGGUCAAGAUUGGGUCGGCGUCGUCGGCGCUGACGGCGGAUGAAAAGGCGGCGCUCAGCGAGGCGGAGACGCAGGAGAGGCAGUAA